AUGGAGAGUAGCAAGGACCCUGCCUCAAGACGGUUUCAGCAUGAUGUUGUGACCUUCAACCUUGGCGUGGCAAGACUCAGCUUUCCUGCUGUCCAGAACGCUGGUUCUUCUCUUGGCUGUAGUCGCUACCUUCUGGAUGGAGAAGUUGCCGACAGCAGUGUGGUGUUUCCAGCAAAGGUUCAGACUCCAGGGGCAUGUAGAAGACUACUUUGUGCUCAACAGUACAGUAUACCCAGGUCUCCUGCUCCUGCUGUAAGUACAGCUUUUUCUGAAGAGGAAAGCCAUGGAGAGGCCAGUUUCUCCCAAACACCAUCCAGUGAAUGGGGCGAGACCCGAUUGAUCUUUGCUGUCAGACAAGAAAUGAAAAAGAGAGCCAGAGGAGCACCCAAUGCGGCCUGGAGUCGUCCACUUUUGGAAAAGUCCAUGACAAAAAAGCCUAUUAGACCCAGUCACAGUCACGCCUGUUCCCCUGCGAGGCCUCCCAGCGCCACAGGCCUCUGCAGGAGAAGCCAGGCCCCGUUGGCCUCGUCGGGGGUCUCCCAGAGUCCCCCAGAGCCCAAGCUGGAGGACAGGGUGGCAGACGCAGUCGUCGCUCUGGCUGACCCACCUCUCCAAAGCCGGCCCUGGGGCGCGUCCGGAAGUCCGGGGGGUGGGGGGGUGGGGGGCGCGGUUGCCAUGGCACCGGAGAUGCUCCCCAAGCAUCCUCAUCCCGGGGAAGGGGGGGGGGAGAAAAGGGGACCCAAGGCGGACACCUCCCUCCACGGCAAUCUGGCAGGGGCGCCCGUUCCUCUGCCCGCCGGUGCUCCCACCCACCCUCCCUCCAAGAGGUUAAUCAAGGUUUGCUCUUCUCCUCCCCCCCCCCCCCGCCGCCCACCCCAGCGUUUCCAUACGGCUUGUUCACAGGCCCCUCCUAGGCCGAGGGUGAAUGCUCCCUUACACUGA